AUGUCAAAAGCUGUUAAAGUGUCCAACAACCACUUUGAUGAAGCGCUUGAAAUGAGUGAUACAGACGAGGUUGCAAACCCCACUUACCAUCACCAACAAGACCGGUCUGGUAUAGAACGAGGUCAUCCACGUGGAGAUAGUCCACCUUCUGCCAAGCUUUCGGUCUCUGAUUACGAUGAGGGUGAUAAUGAAGAACACUUGACUCAUCAAGCCGAGGACGAAGCAUUUGAAGAAACAAUGAAAAAAGUUGGACCAUUGAAUAGUGAGGCGACCAAUAUUAGAAAACACGGCUCAACAGAUUUGAAGCAUGCUCAUGCACACAGCACCGAAACUGAUGAAGAUCAUGACAAUGAAGAUGACCAUCAUGAAAGUUCUUUGUUUCAAGGUGAAACGCUCGGGAAUGAAAUCAAGCAACUUUUGGAGUAUAUUGAACGCUAUUCCGUGCAAGAACAGGACUUGGAUGUUGAGCUUAAAUCGUUUAUUCCAGAUCUUAUCCCUGCAAUAGGAGAUAUUGAUGCAUUUAUCAAAAUUCCUCGUGUAGAUCAAAAACCUGAUAUUCUUGGAUUUGCUCUUUUGGAUGAACCAGCAGCAGCACAGUCGGACCCAUCAGUCUUGGAUCUCCAUCUUCGAGCCGUGAGCAAAUCAGCCACAGUAGUCCCACAAGUGGUUCGAUCACUAGAAUCAUCCGCCUUGUGUAAAGAUCCUAAACUGAUUGACGCAUGGAUUAAAAACAUCAAGGAUUUGCACGGCAAAAACCCGCCGCCUUCUGUAAACUACUCUCGUCGUAUGCCUGAUAUCGAAGAUUUGAUGCAAGUAUGGCCGCCUGCACUCGAAUCCGCAUUUGAAUCGACACAACUGCUUCACGCAUCGAUUGAUCUUCCCUUAUCACAGUAUGCUGCAGUUGUAGCCCUCAUUCUUGAUAUUCCAACCCAUCAACCAUCACCAACAGACAAGCCUGAUGCAAAACGACAACAAAACAGUCUCAUCGAGUCUCUGCAUGUUGUAUUUACAUUGUAUUUAGAGUUUCAAAACUCGGUACAUUUCAAGGCUAUGGAGCGCGGAAGGAACAGUUUUACUGCUGCACCACUACCCUAACCUUGAUCGAACAUAAAUAAUAAACUGGUUUAAAUAG